AGGGGCCGGGGCCGGAAGGGCUGCGUGCGGCUCUCGCGCCCUGCCUGCCGGAAGAGGAAGUAGUAAUUCCGCCUUCGUCUCCGGGUGGGGGUGGAGCUCGAGCUCGUCCUCGCUGGGCCGGUGGUCCCGUCCGCUCGGCCGCACCGGAAAAAAUGGUUUCUGAAAGCAGUUCUUUUGUGAAAGGUAUGAUGUUAGGAGGACUCUUCUGUGUGUUUGUUACACUCGUAGGACAUAUUAAAAUGGGCCAUGGGACUAAAACACAUCACCAUGAGCAUCAUCAUAUUCAAGCACCUAACAAGGAAGAUGUCUCAAAUUUGUCAGAAGGUGAGCGCAUGGAGCUCAGCCAUAGUAUCCGUGUUUAUUGUAUCAUCCUUGUAAAACCUAAAGAUCUUGGAAAUUGGGCUGCUGUGAAAGAAACAUGGAGCAAACACUGUGACAAGGCAGAAUUCUACAGUUCUGAAAGCGUUAAGGUGUUUGAUUCUAUUGUUCUCAACACAAAUGACAUGUGGGUGAUGAUGAGAAAAGCUUAUAAAUUAGCAUAUGAACGCUAUAAAGAUGAGUACAACUGGUUCUUUCUAGCACAUCCAACUACAUUUGCUGUUAUAGAAAAUCUCAAAUAUUUCUUGCUUAAAAAAGACGCAUCGCAGCCUUUUUAUAUAGGUCAUACUGUAAAAUCAGGAGAGCUUGAGUAUGUGGAUGGUGAUGGAGGAAUUGUCUUAAGUAUAGAGUCCCUAAAAAGACUCUGUCAAGUUUUUGAAGACUCUGAUAAGUGUCCAGAACAGGGAGGCUUGAUCUGGAAACUCUCUGAGGAUAAACAACUAGCAGUCUGCCUGAAAUAUACUGGAGUAUUAGCUGAAAAUGCAGAAGAUUCUGAAGGAAAAGAUGUCUUUAACACCAAAUCAGUUGGUUCUCUUAUUAAAGAAGCAAUGGCUAAUCACCCUCAAAAAGUAGUAGAGGGAUGCUGUUCUGACAUGGCCAUCACUUUCAGUGGACUGGCUUCUAACCACAUGCAUGUAAUGAUGUAUGGUGUUUAUAGGCUCAGAGCAUAUGGGCACAAUUUCAAAGAUGCUCUGGUUUUCUUACCUCCCGCAGGUUCAGAGAAUGACUGAUAUCUGUUCAAAGAAGGCAUAUGUAUUGUGUAGAACAUGCAGUCAGCUGUUAAUGCAUAAUGUGACUUGCAUGUAUACAAGCUGGUGCAAUUUUUGUAUUUGAUGGUUUCUGUGUAUUUUUUGCACAUCAGGGUUUGGUCAUUUUAGUUUUAAAAGGGGGAAUCUUUUUUUCUAAAACUUUUAUACAAAAACGUUUCUGGCGCUUGACUGUGUUGGAAUGAAAAAUGUUAACGGUAAUGCUAAAAUCUGUGAUAAAGGAAAUGAAUUUAUAGGGAUGUUUGUAUGGCUAAAUAUUUAUAAGUGAAAACAAAUGAAUCUUAAUCUAUUGUAAUUUAAAUAUAUUUUUGCAAGAUUUUUUGAUUUUGAACUCUUCCAUGCACUUCUUGAAAAUCUUUAUCUUUCUAAGAUGUACAAAUAAAAGUGAAAAUACAGAUUUAGUAUUAAAGUACAACUUUAAGCAGUUUUCUUUA